CAGCGCACAUUCAUCACUCGUUUGUCGUGCUAAAAAACAGGAAAAUUUAAUAGAAACAGCAAUUUUUAAUUGAAAAUUGCAAAGGCCAAGCUCAGCUUUCGACUUUGCUCUGCUUGCUUACCAGUGUACGUGCGUGUGUGUGCGUUCGUGGCGUUUUUGCACACGUGGGGGCCAGGUGCACACAUGCAAGCAUACAACGUAUAUACAUACGUGUAUUUGUGGCCACUUGUUUGUUUGUGUGUGUGUUAUGCUAACUGGAAUAAAAACCUUUAAUGUGGCUUUGGGAUUAUAUUAUGGAAAUAAAACAACGCCAAGCGGCGAGACGUAAUGUCAGAGUGCCCGUGGUCUACAUUGGCACAGGUGCCGCAACAUUCUGUGCCUUGUAUCUGAUCUUUGGCUAUGGCGCACAACUCUUGUGCAAUAUCAUUGGCGUACUGUAUCCGGCUUACAUCUCAAUUCAUGCCAUCGAGUCCAGCACCAAACAGGAUGACACCAAAUGGCUGACUUACUGGGUCACCUUUGGCAUCUUUACCGUCAUCGAGUUCUUCUCGCAUGUGCUGACCCACGUUAUUCCCUUCUACUGGCUGUUAAAGUGCGCUUUCCUCAUUUGGUGCAUGUUGCCCGUGGAGAACAAUGGUUCGGUUAUCAUCUACCACAAGCUGCUGAGACCUUAUUUCCUUAAACAUCAUGCAUCUGUUGAUAAGAUCAUUGAUGAUGGCAUGAAGAAGGCCGGCAACUUUGUGAAGAGCGACUAGAGAUGAACUUUGUAAAUAAUUGCCUUCCUUGAGCAUUUUGAAGCUUCCGCGCAUGCAAGGAUAAUCGUCACACACAAACACAUACAUAUAUUUAUCUCUUUGGCCACCAUCCGUUUAUCACUAAUGAAUUUGCUAUUGAUUGUUAUUAGAG